AUGCCUACCGAUACAUUCCACCUCUACUCAUACUUCUGCUCCUCAUGCUGUCAACGAAUCAUAAUUGCCGCUCACCUGAAGGGUAUCCCUCUUGAAUACACCUACAUCGACCUGGGCACCAAAGCGCACACAACAGGCGAAUACAAAGAAUCAAACCCCAGCGCCAGUGUGCCUACCUUGGUAGUGACAAAUGCCAACGGAGAAAAGACCAUCAUCCGCCAAUCCAUGACGAUCUUGGAUUAUUUCGAGGAAAGGUUCCCAGAUAUUUCUCCACUCCUCCCUCGUGGAUUACAGGAUCGGGUGCAGGUGCGUGAUCUUGUGAAUAUCAUCGCGAUCGAUACGCAACCUACCACCAACUCCCGUAUCGUAAAGCGGGUAAAGGGUAUUCGUGAGAGUAACGAGGAUCGGGAUGAAUUCGUCAAACAGGCCUUUACCGACGGAUUUCAAGCCUACGAGAGUCUGGUGAUGAAGCAAGGCGGGGAGGGGACAUAUUCCUUUGGGGACACUGUUUCUAUGGCGGAUGUGGUACUGGUCCCUACAGUUGACCAGGCUCUGUUGUACCGAAUGGAUUUGGAUUUCGUGCCUAAUCUCAAGCGCAUUCAUUCUGCUCUCAAGGAAUUGGAGGCUUUCAAGGCUGCGGAUUGGCGAAAUCAGGGGGAUACGCCGGAGAAAUUUCGGGUCCAGGAUGCUUGA